ACGGGCGACAGUUUUAAUCGCUUGAACCAGCGAAGCAGUCAGUUUUGUUGAUUAUAACGCACGUCAGCGGUGCGUUCUUUAGUUACUCACUAUGCCGAAGCUAAAUGUUUGGUUUUUCACUCUAGUCCUGUUUACAUUUCCGCUACUUUCAACAUCUCACUGGUGGUUUAUGUCCCAAGUGUAUGCUCUGGGAGCCAAAAUCAUGUGUAAUAACAUCGCCGGUUUGGUAACGUACCAACGACAACUGUGCAGAGAAAACCCUGAUGUUAUGAUCAGCAUUGGAAAAGGGGCUAAACUUGGAGUCGUAGAAUGUCAGCAACAGUUUAAAGACCAGAGAUGGAAUUGUUCAACUGUGGCGCGGGACGUUAGCGUUUUUGGGAAAGUGACUAGAAGAGCGAGUCGGGAAAGCGCAUUUGUGUACGCCGUUUCAUCAGCCGGUGUUGUACACGAAGUAACACGCGCGUGUAGUCGAGGUGAACUGAGCGACUGUACCUGUGAUACGAAUCGCAAAGGGAGGAGUCGGAAGGGCUUCGAGUGGGGAGGAUGCAGUGAAAAUGUCGCUUACGGUCUGAGGUUUGCCAAGCUGUUUGUGGAUUCCCGAGAACAAGAACGAGAUGCCCGUGCAAAGAUGAAUCUUCACAAUAACUUUGUCGGACGACGGGCCGUGAAAAUGCACACAAUUCUGGAUUGCAAAUGCCAUGGCGUAUCUGGAUCGUGUCAAGUGAAAACUUGCUGGAAGACCAUGGCUCCAUUCAGUGUGGUGGGCAGUUAUCUUAGAGAAAGAUACCAGAAUGGCAUCCUGGUUACUGUUGAUCAAAGUGGAAAUGAACUAGUCGUGGCAGAAGGUACUUAUCCUGCUAAGCCCCCACGUGAUAACCUCGUGUUCUUAGAGGAGUCCCCGGAUUAUUGUGUCCCAAACUCCAAUACAGGCUCGCUGGGCACCACGGGAAGAGUGUGCAACAAGACCUCGCCGGGCCAUGGAAGCUGUGGGGUUCUGUGCUGCGGGCGCGGAUUUAACACGAUUCAAGUCGAGGAGGAGUACAAAUGCGCUUGCAAGUUUAAUUGGUGUUGUUACGUGAAGUGCAAUAUUUGCAGGAGAACUGUUGACAAGCAUGUGUGUAAAUCGCCCGAGGAAGAUUCUUCACAGUACAACAGCUCUGGCCGUAAAGUGUCGGCGUUGGCAAACUCAGAGAGCAGGAAUCAAAACAGGCCAAAGAAUCAGUCCAGGAAAAGAGCGGAGAGAAGGAAGGCCAGAAAGAACAAGAAAAGAGGAGCCUCAAUCAACAGUCUCGACAGCGACCACAGAGAUAACAAAAGCUUAUGAUAAUUGCCUCGAGCCUUAGUAGACAGAUGGCGCAGACUAUAUGCAGUAGUUUGAUAUUAGCUAUCGGUCAAUCAGUUCGGUAGGUUCAUGCACGAUUAUGUUCUGCCAAGAUAAACUCAAAUCAGUUUUCUCUGUGUGGAAUUAAGGAAGAGUAGAGAAACUAUACUAACAUUCGUGAAUUACACAAUCAAAGCUCCAAAUCGAAUGGCCAAUAAAAACUAAAUGAAAAAGAAAUUUAUAUCAAAGAAUAAAAGAAAAUCCAGAUUGGACCAAUUAGUAUUCCUUACAUUCUAAGGAGUUGUAUAUAGAAUAUACGGUGUGUUCUCGUUGAUACAAAAUGACAUCCAAACCACGGCUCUGAGUUUGCAAAUCACAUUUAAUUAAUUCUAGAGAGACUUCAAUUGAGUAUCCCAAGUAAUUCCUAUAUUGUUUAGACUUGACUUUGGAAGAGUAUGUGAACAGCAGACAAACAUAAAACCUCGCGGUGACUGCUAGUCGCUGGUUUACAAGCGUCAGUUUCCCGCCCUCGUCGCUGUUCACGUGUAUUUACGUCCAGUUAUCACUGGUUCACUGUUGUCUUCAGCGAUUUGAUUGGUCGGUGUAAUUGCUUACGUACGACACACAGUUGAACCUCUCUAAUAGAAAACAAGUCGUGUUUCGACUUGACUUGAUGACCUUUAAGCCUCUAAGACAAGUGUGGCUGUGAUAAAGAAAUUUUCAAGUAAAACAGAGAGAAAGAGAAAUAGAGCACAUCCACAAGCUACAUCACCCUAUUUGGACGGUAAAUGCUUGAUAGCAAUUUGUAUAAUUUCGAAAUCGGGACCGUAAUAGUAAAUAGUAAAGGUUGAUUGUUAUUUUUAUUGUUAUUAUUAUUAUUAUUUAUGUAAAUAUUUAUAUUCCGACAAAGAGCUAGUACUUGUUAGUUUGCUUUUGCACAAGUGUUUUCAAGUACAACAGCGGUUAUGUUUAGAAUUGUAUCGAGAAUAAAGUUUAU